UCUGCUGGCUAACAGUUAACCAGACGCUAGGGUUUUAAAGUUUGAACAGGAAUUUAAGCAAGAUUCUGAUUUCUCUGGGAAGCAUUCAGGUGUUUGCGAAAUUCGAUAUCUUUAUCUUCAGAAAUUACUUACUCUGUACGUUGUUCUUAUCUCGUGAUCCAAGUAAACUUUCAGAUAUUUAUUACCAAACACUAUUAUUAUAACUGCAAUUAUUUUCCACCGAAUUGAUGGUUGUGAAGAUAUUUUGGGAGGGUUUUCUCAAAAAUUAGGUGUAUAGUGAAAGAGAAGUUUAUAUGAUGACUAUGUUUUCAAUUGGGUCUCUGCAAAAAAUGGGGAUUAAGGUUGAUGAAUUGCUGAGAGCUGCUUGGCUAGCUGCAAUUCUACCUAUGCUUGUUGCUUUGAUUCCUAGUUUUCUCCAGGGUACACUUUUGGGGUUUUCUAAAAGAGGAAAGACCUUGAAAUUUUCAUCACAAAAGUUUACGGUUCCGCAGAGAUUCUUCUUGCAUUUUUAUGUGGUGGCUGUGGUGUGGACGACAUUGUUGCUAGUAAUGACAUGGUUCUAUGCAUAUAAAAUGGUACCAUUUGGUUCGGGUUCGCUUCAUUUUUCAACGGUAGCUAGUCACUUGACAGGAGGUUCGCAUAUAUUUUCUAUGCACAAGUCUCAUGUGACUUCUGUUGAGCAUGGAUAUAGGGUAUGGCGAAGUGUAUUCCUGCUUAUCUUAAUGGAGAUUCAAGUGCUUAGACGCCUUUAUGAAACGAUAUACGUAUUGGACUAUAGUCCUUCAGCUCGAAUGCACGUCAUGGGUUAUUUCGCUGGGCUAUUUUUUUAUACAGCAGCGCCCCUGUCCCUUUGUAGCAUCUGUGCACCAGAGGUGUUCAAAUUUGCAGCUCAUCAGGUAGCGGAGUUCAUUGUUAAAGGCCGGGAUAAAAUGCUAAUCUCCCCAAUCAGUGAGAUUGAUUGGUUGGCAUAUGUACAACCCCUCACAGCACUUGAAUGGAGCCAAUGGAUUGGAGCAGCUAUUUUUAUUUGGGGUUGGAUCCAUCAGCGACGUUGCCAUGCAAUACUUGGUUCAUUGCGGGAACAGAAAGAAGAAAGUGAUAAAUAUGUAACACCCUAUGGUGACUGGUUCAGAUUUGUUUCUAGUCCACAUUACCUGGCUGAAAUCGUUAUAUAUGGUGGGCUUCUUUUUGCUAGUGGAGGAUCAGAUCUCACAAUCUGGCUUGUUUUUGCAUUUGUGGUUGCAAAUCUCACCAUAGGAGCAGCAGAAACACACAAGUGGUAUAUCGAGAAAUUUGCCAAGUACCCAAAUGAGCGACGCGCCAUUCUCCCUUUUAUUUAUUAAAGAUGUACCAAUCUGGAUAGUUACUGUAUGUAGGUAGUGUGUAUCAGAGUGAAAAUAAGGAAUCAUCUCAUUCUUUUUACUCAAUGUAAUACCGUGGAAAAGGUGAACUAACAUUUGUGAAAUAUUUAGCUAGUUGAAUGGAAGUUUGUGAUGUCAUGUCAUCCAUCUCAGUGCAAUAUUAUGAAAACAAAUAGAAGAUUUUGUAAAAUGCAAUUUCAUGAAGUCUCGUGCAUUUACAAGGUA